AGGCAUCGUCUCCUAAGCAGCUGCAGCUUUCGUCUUUUGAUGCGACCACAAGCAGUCGCCGCGCCACCUGUUGGCUGCACUUGCACACAGUACACGUUCCUCUCUUCUCUCUGCGCUGCAUAGCUCCUCCACUCCGCUUCGCUCGCCACGGCGCCAUGUUCACCGACGGCAUGUCGAGGCUGGCCGUGGCUGUGAGCGUGACGGUGGCGCUCAGCCUGGCCAUCUUCCUCACCAUCCUGGUACUCCUCCUCGCCGACCUCUUCUGCGCCCACCUCCGCCGCCGGCGCCUCCGCGCCGAGGCGUCCCAGUCGAAGCUCGGCCCGCUGUCGCUGUCCCCCGCGCGCACCGAGGACGGGUCGGUGGCGACCACAGCGGCGGCGCGCGAGGCGCUCUCCGGCACGCCGCCGUUCUACUACGCGCACGGCGUGCUCCACGCGCCCAACACCAAGGACCUCCUCCUCGCCAUCCCCAAGCUGGAGUCCGCCGUGUGGCGGUGGUCGCCCGCGCGCCGCUCGACGCCGUCGCGCUCGGGCUCGUCGACGGGCUCCUCGGCGCGCGGCGACGGGUUCAUGUGCAUCUCCAACCCGGUGUACGACCGGGGCGGCGCGCGGGGCCAGGCCGCGCCGGACGGCGGGGACUCGCCGCCGUUCGAGACCCCGGGCGCGUCGCCGUCGCCGUUCGGGAUCACGGAGGAGGGGGACGAGGAGGAGGGAGGGUUCUCGCCGCCGCUGUCGGCGAUGCGGAGGCUCCCGCCAGUGGGCGUCGUGGCGUAUCCCCCGCCCGCGCUGAGCUUUGCCGAUGCCAGGCCGGCGCUGACGGUGACCGACACCAACCGCGCCUCCUCCUCCUCCUCGUCCAAUCUCACCGCCGCCCACUUCUUCUCUUCAUGGUCAUCGAAGUAAGAGAUCACUUGUAUGCGAUGUAGUGAGAGGGGCGAUGUGCUUGUAUGAUGCAGCUUGAUUUCAUUCAUUAUUUUGGUCAUUUUCCUGUUCAGUCAGAUACUCACAUCACCUAUCGAUCUCCGCGGUCCUGCUAGUUCUUUGCAUAUUUCAUCUCCACUAAAAUCAAUCUUUGAUCAAUAUUCUAUUCAUCACUAA